AUGCGUCUUCUUUCGAUUUCAUUACUAUCUACCGUCUUUGCCUCUGUUGUAUUGGCACAAUCUGAAGAACAGAAGUUGGAGAAUUCCUCUCCUGAAUUACCUGGAGAACUCUCUGCGGAUGAAGCCUCAGAUGUACCACAACCAACAAUAUUUAAUGGAGUCGAAGUUCCCCCCCUUCCUGAAAUAGAUGGAGAAUCUUUUAAUAAGACAAUCGCGGAUGGAUAUUGGUUUGUUAAACAUCACUCACCUUACUGCCCGCAUUGCAUACACAUCGCGCCAACAUGGCAAACUCUUUACGAGUUCUAUUAUACUUCGAAACCUGUCAAGUCUGGGACUGAUGAUACUACUUCUACAUCAAUGAACUCGUUCACGGCUUACUACAAUUAUCAUUUCGGUUCGCUCGAUUGUAUCGCUUUCGGAACUGCCUGUUCAGAUCAUGGAGUAACUUCUUUCCCAACCUUUAUAUUAUAUAAGGAUGGCGAGGAAUCAAAGAGAUUUGUUGGACCUAAGGAUAUGGAGAAAUUGGGUGCUUUCAUUGAGGAAAGUCUAGAAUUAAUUAGACCAGGGUCUAGACCAAUUGGUGGACCAAAGUUCCCACAAGAACGCGACACACAAAGUCCGGAUUAUAAACCUACAGCAGCGACCUCGAAGGAGACCGAAAAGACAACCGAGAAGUCCACGGAGAAGGUAUCCGAUAAGUCACCCGAAAAGUCAUCAGAGAAAUCCACAGAAAAGUCAUCCGAAGGAUCAGCGCAGAAACCAGAAAAAGCAGCAGAGAAAGUCUCAGAGAAAGCCACAGAAAAGGCCGCAGACAUCGUUGUGCCAGCAAAGGAUGCCGUUAAGGAUACUGUAAAGGAUGUUAAGGAUGGUGCUAAGGAUGUCGUCAAAGAUGCUGUCAAAGACACAAAAGCCGACACCGCCAAAAUUACUACCAAGCCCACCCUCAAAGCUACAUCGAUCGAAAAGAAACCUUCAAAACCAACCCAAACUGCGAACCCACUUGGAACAUCUGUAUCACUCACAGCAGAGAGCUUUCAAAAUUUGGUCACAAUGUCUCAAGAUCCUUGGUUUAUCAAAUUUUACGCUCCAUGGUGUCAUCAUUGUCAAGCUAUGGCUCCUAACUGGGCUCAAUUGGCAAAAGAGAUGAAAGGAAAACUUAAUGUUGGAGAGGUUAAUUGUGAAGCAGAGGCUAGGUUAUGUAAGGAUGUUCAUGUUCGUGGAUAUCCAACCAUUCAUUUCUUCCGUGGUGGAGAACGUGUUGAGUAUGAAGGACUUAGAGGAUUAGGUGACUUUGUUACCUUUGCUAACAAAGCUGUUGAUAUUGGUGAUGGUGUUAAGGAUAUUGAUGCUGCUGGAUUCAAGGAAUUGGAAGAGAAAGAAGAUGUUAUCUUCGUUUACUUCUAUGAUCAUGCCACUACCAGCGAGGAUUUUGCGGCAUUGGAAAGAUUAACCUUGAGUUUAAUUGGUCACGCCAAACUUGUCAAGACGAACAGUGCUGCUCUUGCCGAUCGAUUCAAGAUUACAACUUGGCCUCGUCUAUUGGUAUCUCGAGAUGGUAGACCAACCUACUAUACAGCACUCGCACCUCAAGAUAUGCGUGAUUUCAGACAAGUUCUACAUUGGAUGCAAUCAGUUUGGUUACCUGUUGUACCUGAACUCACAGCUUCAAAUUCACGCGAAAUCAUGGAUGGUAAGAUUGUCGUUCUAGCAAUUCUAUCUCGAGAACGUGAAGCCGAUUUCGCAAUGGCUAAGAAGGAAUUGAAGCAAGCUGCAUUGGAAUGGAUGGAUAAACAAAUCAUCAAUUUCCAACGUGAGCGCCAAGAAUUGAGAGAUGCUAAACAACUUCGAUUGGAAGAAGCCGAGGAUCGUAAUGAUCAAAGAGCUUUGAGAGCUGCCAAAAGUAUCAGAAUUAAUAUGGAUAAAUCUGAUCAAAAGGAGGUUGGAUUCGCUUGGGUUGAUGGUGUAUUUUGGGAAAGAUGGAUUAGAAGUACCUAUGGUAUUGAUGUUAAGACUGAUGGUGAAAAGGUUAUUAUUAAUGAUGAAGAUAAUCGUCGCUACUGGGAUACGACAAUCACUGGAAACUACAUCAUUCCUUCCCGUACCUCAAUUUUGGAAACAAUUCCAAAAGUUGUAUCCAAUCCUCCCGUCAUCAAACCAAAGAGUACUGUUGGUUCAUUUGAAAAGAUGUUCUUCAGUAUUAGAGGAGCAAUUAGUGGACACCCAUUCCUCAGUUUCGGAGUAGCUUUAGGUAUGAUCUUAGGAGCUACAUUGUAUGGUAGAGGAAAGAUAGGAGCGAAAAGGGGAGGAUUCUUUAGGGUAGAUGAUGGAAAAGAUGGAUUGUUAGGUGGAGUUAAUGGUGGAGGAAAAGUUGAUUAA